AUGAUGUCGACAUCAAUCGACCCUCAUAAUACUAGUCAUAAUAGUAAUGGCCGAUCAUUGAGAAUUGUUUCAACAAAUCGACUCUUUACCAAAGUCAGAACUGAGCAACCAUCGGAUUCAAUUUUACCAUCAAUAAUGGAUGCAACCGGUCUAUUUUCGGAUCAUAAUCUUCAUGUAUUUCCAAAAGAUGAACCCAUACUUGAUGAAACAACAAUAAUAACAUCAUCGUCGCCACCGCCAUCAUUUGUUGAUUUUCAUCAAACAUUGUCAACAUCAGCAUCGAGUCUAUCGUCACCAACAUCAUUUUCACCGUUGCAACAUGAUCAUAGUUAUGGUGUAUCAACAAAUUCUUCGUCGUUACUUCCAUCACCAUCUUCAUCCGAUCCCUUAACAUCAUCGGAUUUAACAAGUCAAAAUUCAACGUCUUCUGUUGUUGUUACAUGGCCACAAAUAAAUUGUCGAGCUUUACGCCCAGAUGAUUAUCAUAUGCUACUUGAAUUAUUAUCAUCGAAUACCAAUGCGGAUUCACCGCCGAUAUUUUUUGGUUCAGCACUUAUUGAUCCAUCGACAUCGACACCAUACUCAGAUGCAACACGUACACAGCCGAAAAAACGUGCGCGCCCUGGCCAUGUUAAACGACCAAUGAAUGCAUUUAUGGUUUUUUCACAGAUUGAACGCCGAAAAAUGAUUCAAUUAGCACCACAUUUACCAAAUGCAGAUAUAAGCAAAUGCUGUGGAGCGAAAUGGAAACGAAUGUCAUUACGUGAACGACAACCAUAUAUGGAAGAAUCUGAACGAUUGAAACAACUUCAUGCACGACAAUAUCCUGCAUAUAAAUAUCAACCAAGAAAGCGAGGCAAGACUAAUCAACCAACGAAUGCAGUUCCAAAUUCACCUUCAAUAUCUGGUUCAUCGUCAUCAUCAUCAUCACCAUCAGCAACAGUUCCUUCCUUAAAUAGAAUGACAACAAUCCCUUCGCACAUGACAACUGUUUCUAAAGAACAAUCCCAAACGCCACCACCACCACCACCAUCACUUCUACAAUCAUCUUCCUCAUCGACAUCAAAUCCAAACGAUCCGAUAUCACUAUUAGUAGCAACAUUAUUCGAUCAAAAACUAGCAAUGUUUGCUAGUAAUCUUCAACAAUUUAAUAUUGAUCAUCUUCAAUAUCAAUUUACACCACCAAAUACUCAACUUUAUCCAUCACCAACACCAUUGCCUUUUGAUCCCGUGGCUUUUCUUGCUAAACAACAACAGCAUCGAGUUGUUUAG